GACCUCUUGAUCUCUCUUUCUUUCCUCUUUCUUUUUUUUUUCUUGCUUUUUUUUUUUUUUUUUUGAGAGAGAGAGAGAUAUCAGUCUAUUAAGCCUCCAUUCUUUUUCUUUAUUUUAUUGCUAAGCUUCACCUCUUCCUCUCCCUCUUUCUUUCUCUCUUUACACUCACUAACUCUAAGUGCUGCUAAAGAGCAACCAGGAGAAAGAAAAGGAGAGAAAGAGAAAGAAAGAGACGACAGACAGAUGGCUACACAUAUAGAGAUUAGAUAGAUAGAGAGAGAGAGAGAGAGAGAGAGAGAGAGAGAGAGAGAGAUAAACAAAUGAAUUUACCAAGCUUUCAAUACCACAGAAGAGAAUACGAUGUCUGAGAGCUUUCUAUCCUCUCAAACUCUGAAACUCCAACAGCAGAUUUGAUUGACAAGAGAAAGAAAAUAAGUUGGUGGGGGUGCUAUAAAUUAAGAAGAUAAUUGGAAGAGAUGAUGAUCAUCAUCUUCAAGAUACUGAUAUGGGAAUAGCUACACCUCCAUUCCCUCCAAUUCUCCCUCACUCAAAGACUCACCAGUUAAUCUCUCCAAACAUUAAGUCCAAUCCUUCAAAUCAUAAUUCUAUGUCCCAAGAUUACCAUCAAGGUAUUUUUUCCUUCUCCCAUGGUGGUUUCGACAGAUCCUCCGUAUCUCUCCAAGAGCAUAAUCAACAGCAACAGCAGCAGCAGCAGCAACAUGAUAUAGCCCAACAGAUCCGCAGAGAUAAGCUUAGAAUCCAAUCAGACUAUGAACCACCCCCACCGGCAUUAGUAGGUAUUGAAGAAGAAGAAGAAGAAGAAUCAAGUGGCCUUCCGGUCUACGAAACUGCCGGCAUGUUAUCAGAAAUGUUCAAUUUCCCUCCUGCUGGUGGACCAGCUGCGGCUGUUGAUUUGUUGGAUCAGCCUGUACACUCUAAUUACCGGACCCAGCCACGACAACAACAACCGGUAACAACCAACGAUUGGUAUAACAGCAGCAACAGGCAAAGUAUGGUGGUAGGAGGUUUGGGGAUAGGUGAUUCCAAGAGUAAUAGUAACCGUGACAGUUUGGCUCAACAUCAGCAUCAAAUUUCAGGCAUCAAUGCAGAUUCAGCUGCAGCCAUGCAACUUUUUUUAAUGAACCCAUCACAACCCAGGUCACCACAAUCUCCUUCUCCUUCUCAUCAUCAAACCCCUACUUCAACUUCUUCUACACUGCACAUGUUGUUACCAAAUCCUUCAAGUUCUCUUCAAGGGUAUAUUGCUGUGUCAGGAGGAGGUUUUGGUGCUACAAAUGUUAUAUCUCCACCACAAUUCACUUGGGUUCCUGAUAGUUCUCAUGAAGGAGGCAAUACUGGUGCUCCACUCAAUAAUCCAAGUGAAAUUAGUGGUGUUGUUGAAGGGCAAGGACUUUCUCUAUCAUUAUCAUCAUCUUUGCAACAUUUAGAGGCAGCUAAAGCAGAAGAAUUGAGGAUGGGAAGUGGUGGGUUAUUGUAUUAUAAUCAAGGAGCUGGUGGAUCAUCUUCUGCUCAAUUUUACAAGAAUUUGGGAGGCCACCAACACCAUCAAGCAUUACAUUUACAAGGAGGAGUGGGACAAAACCACCACCAAGUUCAUGUUGGCUUUGGGUCAUCAUUAGGAGUGGUGAAUGUUUUGAGGAAUUCAAAGUAUGUGAGAGCAGCACAAGAGUUGUUAGAAGAGUUUUGCAGUGUCGGAAGAGGUCAGUUCAAGAAAAGCAAAUUUGGUAGACAAAACACAAACCCUAGUUCUAAUAACAAUCCCUGCGGCGGCGGCGGCUCUUCUUCUUCAACUAAAGAUCCCCUUCCCUUGUCAGCUGCUGAUAGAAUUGAGCAUCAAAGAAAGAAGGUCAAACUGUUGUCCAUGCUUGAUGAGGUGGAUAAGAGGUACAACCAUUAUUGUGAGCAAAUGCAAAUGGUAGUGAACUCAUUUGAUCUAAUCAUGGGUUUCGGCGCGGCUGUCCCUUACACUGCCCUUGCCCAGAAGGCAAUGUCAAGGCAUUUUCGGUGUCUAAAAGAAGCAAUAUCAGCACAAUUGAAGCAUAGCUGUGAGCUACUUGGAGACAAAGAUGGUGCUGGGACCUCAGCUAUAACAAAAGGAGAGACACCAAGGCUUAAGUUAUUAGAGCAAAGUCUUAGACAACAAAGAGCCUUUAACCAGAUGGGCAUGAUGGAACAAGAAGCUUGGAGACCCCAAAGAGGCUUGCCUGAACGAUCUGUCAACAUUCUAAGAGCCUGGCUUUUUGAGCAUUUUCUCCACCCGUAUCCAAGCGAUGCUGAUAAGCAUCUGUUAGCUAGACAGACUGGUUUAUCGAGAAAUCAGGUGUCAAACUGGUUCAUUAAUGCCAGGGUUCGGUUGUGGAAACCCAUGGUUGAAGAAAUGUACCAGCAAGAAGCCAAAGAAGAGGAACCAGGGGCAGAAGAUAGAGAAAGGAAGCCAACCAGCAGCAACAGCAACAACAACAAUAGUGGGCUUGCACAAACACCAACGCCUACUACAACAACGACAGGAUCAUCAGCACCAGCUGCCACAACAACAGCCCCCACAGCUACAACCAUACCAUCAGGCAAAAGAUCCGAAAUCAAUGCCAAUGAAAAGGACCCUUCACUCCUUGCCAUCAAUAGACAAUGUUUCUCGGAAAACCAAGCUAAACUCUCCACCUCCUCCACCACCAUUAUUACACCUACCAAUAUCACCUCCACCACAGAGGUCGCACCGCAACCACAUGCUGGACAACCCUUCCAUGACUUCGCUGACGAUACAUGUCGCCAGGGCAGCAUUGUUACAGCUGAUUAUGGGACCACAUCCGGCAAUGCCAAUGCUGGUGCUGACCACAUUGGGUCUACACUUAUGAGGUUUGGGACCUCUACUGCUGGAGAUGUGUCUCUCACUCUAGGGCUACGCCAUGCUGGAAACGUGCCUGACAAGAGCCCUACUUUCUCUGUUAGAGAUUUUGGAGGCUGUUAAUUAAAAUCAAUUAAUCAUAAACUCUUAUAUAGUACAUUUCAGAGAAAAUAUAAUCUUACUUUCUGCCUUCUUUC